AUUUUAUCGCUAUAAAUUAGUUUUUAUUUUCUAGAAUUUUAUAUAAAUGGAGUCACACAGUAUGUACACUUUGUGUCUAGCUUCUAUCAGUCAGUGUGCUGGUUAAUGUUAUGUGUCAACUUGGCUAGGCCAUUAUACCCAGUGUGGUGUAUUGUUCUCCACUUUGUGAUCUAAUUGUCCUCCAUUUUGUGGUUUUGUAUAAUUAUCCUCCAUUUUGUGUGUUGUAAGUCUUAAACCUCUAUAUGCUAAAGAAGCAGGAAUAGUGUGGGGUGUAUUUUGAGUCACAGCCUUACUAAAGGGUAUGACAAGUCAUAGCCUUACUCAAGUCACUACCUUUAUUUAAGUAAUUCCCUUACUCCAGUCACCACCUUAUCUGAUGUAAGGGGAGUUUCCUUGAGUGUGUGGCCUUAACCCAACCUAUUUGGACACUCUGGCAAAGCUCUCUCUUACUCUGGGUCCUGCAUUGGGCUUAUCAUCUGACCUCCAGUUCACCCUGCCGAUCCUGGGAUUCUCUUCCUUCUGCAGCCCUAUGAACCAAUAGCCUGCCAUCUGACCUGCUGAUUGUUCAUCAGCCCUUGUAACCAUGUAAGUCAGGAGAAGCCUCCAGCCUGAUGCCUGACCCAUGAAUUUGGGACUGGCCAACCUCUACAACUGUGAGCCAUUUCCUUGAGAUAAAUCUGUAUAUAUAUGUAUAUACUCCAUUGGCUUUUUUUCUCUAGACAACCCAGCCUAAGUCAGCAUAAUGAUUUCGAGGUUCAUCCAUAUUGUUGCCUGUAUCAAUAGUUCAUUCCUUUCAUUUACUGAAUACCACUAUUACCUACUGUUUAUCCAUUUUCUAUUUGAUGGACACAUGGUUCAUUUCAAGUUUUUGGCUAUUGUGAAUAAAGCUGUUCUGAAUAUUUGUGUAUAACACUGUCUCAGUAUACGCUUUUAUUUCUUUAGGUUGAAUACUUAGAACUAGAAUGGCUGGAUGGUAUAUUUAACUUUUAUUAGAAACUGUCAAAUAGUUUUUCAAAGUGGGUUUAACCAUUUUACAUUUCUGCCUGCAGUAUAUGAGUUCUAAUUACUCCACAGCCUCACUAACGCUUGGUAUCAUCAGUUUUCAUAAUUGUAGCUGCCCUAUCUUUGCAGUGCUAUCUCAUUGUGGUUUCAGUAUGUGUUUCCUGAAUGACCAGUACUGUGGUCUUUUCAUCUGCUGAUUGGCCAUUUGAAUAUCUGCUUUUGUAAAAUGUAUGUUCAAAUAUUUUGCCCAUUUUUAAAAAUUGAGCUUAUUUAUUUUUGAGUUUUAGAAGAUUUAAAAAUGUAGAAUCUCUGUAUCAGUUGUUAGAUAUACGUAUUGUGAAUAUUUUCUGUGUUGUGUGGCUUGCCUUUUUAUUUCUUUUUCUAAUUUUUAUUGUGCUUUAAGAGAAAGUUUACAAAUCAAGUCAGCCUCUCACACAAAAACUUAAUAUACACCUUGCUACAUACUCCCAAUUGCUCUCCCCCUAAUGAGACAGCCCACUCCCUCCCUCCACUCUCUCUUUUAGUGUCCAUUUCACCAGCUUCUAACCCCCUCUACCCUCUCAUCUCCCUUCCAGGCAGGAGACGCAAACAUAGUCUCAAGUGUCCACCUGAUCCAAGAAGCUCACUCCUCACCAGCAUCCCUCUCCAUCCCAUUGUCCAGUCCAAUCUCUGUCUGAAGAGUUGGCUUUGGGAGUGGUUCCUGUCCUGAGCCAACAGAAGGAAGGUCUGGGGGCCAUGACCACUGGGGUCCUUCUAGUCUCAGAUCAUUAAGUCUGGUCUUUUUACGAGAAUUUGGGUUCUGCAUCCCACUGCUCUGCUGCUCCGUCAGGGGUUCUCUGUUGUGUUCCCUGUCAGGGCAGUCAUCAGUUGUAGCCAGGCUCCAUCUAGUUCUUCUGGUCUCAGGCUGAUGUAGUCUCUGGUUUAUGUGCCCUUUCUGUCUCUUGGGCUUGUAAUUACCUUGUGUCCUUGGUGUUCUUCAUUAUCCUUUGCUCCAGGUGGGUUGAGUCCAGUUGAUGCAUCUUAGAUGGCCAAUUGCUAGCGUUUAAGACCCCAGAUGCCAUUCUCCAAAGUGGAAUGCAGAAUGUUUUAAUAGAUUUUAUUAUGCCAAUUGACUUAGAUGUCCCCUAAAACCAUGGUCUCCAAACCCCCGCCCCUGCGACGCUGGCCUUCAAAACAUUGUUUAUUCAGGAAACUUCUUUGCUUUUGGUUUAGUCCAGUUGUGCUGACCUCUCCUAUAUUGUGUGCUGUCUUUUCCUUCACCUGAAAUAGUUCUUGUCUACUAUCUGUUUAGUGAAUAUCCCUCUCCCUCCCUUCCCACCCUAGUAACCAUCAAAAAAUAUUUCCUCCUCUGUUUAAACUAUUUCUUGAGUUCUUAUAGUAGUGGUCUUAUACAAUAUUUGUCCUUUUGCAGCUGACUAAUUUCACUCAGCAUAAUGCCUUCCAGAUUCCUCCAUGUUAUGAACUGUUUCACAGAUUCAUCACUGUUCUUUAUUGAUGUGUGACUAUACCAUAAUUCAUCCAUUCAUCUGUCGAUGGGCACCUUGGUUGCUUCCGUCUUUUUGCUAUUGUAAACAGUGCUGCAAUGAACAUGGGUGUGCAUAUAUCUGUUCGUGUAAAGGCUCUUAUUUCUCUAGGAUAUAUUCCAAGGAGUGGGGUUGCUGGAUCAUAUGGUAGUUCUAUUUCUGGCUUUUGAAGGAAGCACCAAAUCGAUUUCCAAAGUGGUUGUACCAUUUUACAUUCCCACCAGCAGUGUAUAAGUGUUGCAGUCUCUCCACAACCUCUCCAAAAUUUAUUAUUUUGUGUUUUUUGGAUUAAUGCCAGCCUUGUUAGAGUGAGAUGGAAUCUCAUUGUAGAUUUGAUUUGCAUUACAGAAUGGCUAAUGGUUGUGAGCAUUUCCUCAUGUAUCUGUUAGCUACCUGAAUGUCUUCUUUAGUGAAGUGUCUGUUCAUAUCUUUUGUCCAUUUUUUUAAUUGGGUUAUUUGUCUUUUUUGUAGUUGAGUUUUUGCAGUAUCAUGUAGAUUUUAGAGAUCAGACGCUGAUCGGAAAUCCUUUAGCUAAAAUCUUUUUCCCAGUCUGUAGGUAAUCUUUUUACUCUUUUGGUGAAGUAUUUGGAUGACCAUGGGUGUUUGAUUCUUAGGAGCUCCCAGUUAUCUAGUUUUUCUUCUGCAUUCUUAAUAGUGUUUUGUAUGCUGUUUAUUCCAUGUAUUAGGGCUCCUGACGUUGUCCCUAUUUUUUCUUCCAUGAUCUUUAUCGUUUUAGAUUUUAUAUUUAGGUCUUUGAUCCAUUUUGAGCUUGUUUUUGUGCAUGGUGUAAGGUAUGGGUCUUGUUUCAUUUUUUUGCAGAUGGAUAUCCAGUUAUGCAAGCAUCAUUUGUUAAAAGACUGUCUUUUCCCCAUUUAACUGCUUUGGGGCCUUUGUCAAAUAUCAACUGCUCAUAUGUGGAUGGAUUUAUGUCUGGAUUCUCAAUUCUGUUCCAUUGGUCCAUGUAUCUGUUAUUGUACCAGUACCAGGCUGUUUUGACUACUGUGGUGGUAUAAAAAAAAAAAAAAAAAACAGUGCAAUAAUAUGUUCUAAAAUCAGGUAGAGUAAGGCCUCCCACUUUGUUCUUCUUUAUCAGUAAUGCUUUACUUAUCCAGGGCCUCUUUCCCUUCCACAGGAAAUUGGUGAUUUGUUUCUCCAUCUCAUUAAAAAAUGUCCUUGGAAUUUGGAUCUAAUUGCAUUAAAUCUGUAGAUUGCUUUUGGUAGAACAGACAUUUUUAUAAUGUUAAGUCUUUCUAUCCAUGAGCAAGGUAUGUUUUUCCACUUAUGUAGGUCCCUUUUGGUUUCUUGCAGAAGUGUUUUGUAGUUUUCUUUCUAUAAGUCUUUUACAUCUCUGGUAAGAUUUAUUACUAAGUAUUUUAUCUUCUUGGGGGCUACUAUAAAUGGUAUUGAUUUGGUGGUUUCCUCUUCGAUGUUCUUUUUGUUGGUGUACAGGAAUCCAACUGAUUUUUGUGUGUGUAUCUUGUAUCCUGAUACUCUGCUGAACUCUUCUAUUAGUUUCAGUAGUUUUCUGGAGGAUUCCUUAGGGUUUUCUGUGUAUAAGAUCAUGUCAUCUGCAAAUAGAGAUACUUUAACUUCUUCCUUGCCAAUCUGGAUGCCCUUUAUUUCUUUAUCUUGCCUAAUUUUUCUGUCUAGGACCUCCAGCACAAUGUUGAAUAAGAGUGGUGAUAAAGGGCAUCCUUGUCUGGUUCCAAACUCAGGGGGAAUACUUUCAGGCUCUGUGUGUUUAGGAUGAUGUUGGCUCUUGGCUUUGUAUAAAUGCCCUUUAUUAUGUUGAGGAAUUUUCCUUCUAUUCCUAUUUUGCUAAGAGUUCUUGUCAUGAGUGAGUGUUGAACUUUGUCUAAUGCCUUUUCUGCAUCAAUUGAUAAAAUCAUGUGAUUCUUGUCUUUUUAUAUAUGAUAAAAAUAGAUUACGUUAAUUGUUUUUCUAAUAUUGAACCACCCCUGCAUACCUGGUAUGAAUCCCACUUAGUCAUGCUGAAUUUUUUUUUUUUUUAUUUUGUUGAAUUCCAUUGGCUAGAAUUUUGUUGAGAAUUUUUGUAUCUAAUUUCAUGAGGGAUAUAGGUCUGUAAUUUUCUUUUUUAAUGGUGUCUUUACCUAGUUUUGGUAUCAGGGAUAUGCUGGCUUCAUAGAAUGAGUUUGGGAAUAUUCUGUCCUUUUCUAUCCUCUGAAAUACCUUUAGUAGUAGUGCUGUUAGCUCUAAUCUGAAAGUUUGGUAGAACUCUGCAGUGAAGCAGUCCUCCAGACCAGGGCUUUUUUUUUUGUUGGGAGUUUUUUGAUUACCUUUUCAAUCUCUUCUUUUGUUAUGGGUCUAUUUAGUUGUUCUACCUCUGUUUGUGUCAAUUUAGGUAGGUAGUGUGUUUCUAGGAAUUCAUCCGUUACUUCCAGGUUUUCAAAUUUGUUAGAGUACAAUUUUUCAUAGUAAUCUGAUAUGAUUCUUUUAAUUUCAUUUGGGUCUGUUGUAAUAUUGUCCAUCUCAUUUCUUAUUCAGGUUAUUUGCUUCCUCUCCUGUUUUUCUUUUGUCAGUUUGGCCAGUGGCUUAUCAAUUUUGUUGAUUUUUUCAGAGAACCAGCUUUUGGUCUUGUUAAUUCUUUCAAUUGUUUUUCUGUUUUCUGUUUCAUUUAGUUCUGCUCUAAUUUUUAUUAUUUGUUUUCUUCUGGUGCCUGUGGGUUUCUUUUGUUGCUCUCUUUCUAUUUGUUCAAGUUGUAGGGAUAAUUCUUUGAUUUUGGCCCUUUCUUCUUUUUGUAUGGGUGCAUUUAUUGAUAUAAAUUGACCUCUGAGCACUGCUUUCACAGUGUCCCAAAGAUUCUGAUAAGAAGUGUUUUUGUUCUCAUUGGAUUCUAUGAAUUUCUUUUUUCCAUCCUUAAUGUCUUCUAUAAUCCAGUCCUUCUUGAGCAAGGUAUUGUUCAGUUUCCAAGUGUUUGAUUUCUUUUCCCUGCUUUUUCUGUUAUUGAUUUCUACUUUUAUGGCUUUAUGGUCAGAGAAAAUGCUUUGUAAUAUUUCAAUGUUUUGGAUUCUGCUAAGGCUUGCUUUAUGACCUAACAUGUGGUCUAUUUUAGAGAAUGUUCCAUGUGCACUAGAAAAGAAAGUAUACUGGCUGCUGUUGGGUGGAGUGUUCUAUAUAUGUCUAUGAGGUCAAGUUGGUUGAUUAUGGCAUUUAGAUCUUCUGUGUCUUUAUUGAGCUUCUUUCUGGAUUUCCUGUCCUUCACCGAAAGUGGUGUGUUGAAGGCUCCUACUAUUGUUGUGGAGCUGUCUAUCUCACUUUUCAGUGCUGAUAGAGUUUGUUUUAUGUAUCUUGCAGCCCUCUCAUUGAGUGCAUAAAUAUUUAAUAUGGUUAUAUCCUCUUGGUAUAUUGUCCCUUUAAUCAUUAUAUAGUGUCCUUCCUUAUCCUUUAUGAUGGAUUUAACUUUAAAGUCUUUUUUGUCAGAAAUAUUGCCAUUCCUUUUCUUUUUUGAUUGUUGCUUGGUUGAUAUAUUUUUUUCUAUCCUUUGAGUUUUAGUUUGUCUCUAAGUCUAAGGUGUGUCUCUUGUAGGGAGCAUAUAGACGAGUAGUGUUUUUUAAUCCAUUCUGCCACUCCCUGUCUCUUUAUUGGUGAAUUUAGUCCAUUUACAUUCAGCGUAAUUAUGGAUAGGUAUGAAUUUAGUGCUAUUAUUUUGAUGCCUUUUUUGUGUGUGUUGUUGACAGUUUCUUUUUCCCACUUAAUUUUAUGUGCUGAGUAGAUUGUAUAUUGUCCUUUCCUCAUAUUUGUUGUUGUUGAUUUUGUUUCUGCUGAGUCUCUAUUUUUCUCUUGUAUUUUAUUUUGAUGUGUAGGAUAGUUUGUCUCCUUUGUGGUUACUUCAAUAUUUACCCCUAUUUUCUAAAUUUAAACCUAACUUUUAUUUCUUUGUAUUGCCUUGUCUUCCUCUCCAUAUGGAAGAUCUGUGACUACAUUUCUUAGUCCCUCUUUAUUGGUUUAAUGUUGUCUUCUUUUACAUAAUAACAUUGCUGCCACUCAACUACAUCAGUCAUCCUGUGAUCAGCCUUUCAUCAAUCAUCCUGUGAUCAGCCUUUCAUCACUAGCGCUUAUCUAUUUAGUUAUGUGGUAGCUGCCACCCAUGUCUCUCAAAAAUUUCUCUGACAUAUAGAUUAUAAUAGCUAAUGAAAUACAAAUUCCACUUUAAUGCAGUACUAAAGAAUAUAAUGGCUUGUGAGUGAUUAGGUCAUCAUCUUACUCCAAGGAAUUUAGGAACCACCCACACCUUCCAAAUAAAGUCUAGAACCCUUUGCUUAGCAUUCAACACUUUUUGUAAUCUGGCCUUGUCCUAAACAGAAGAACUAUACUAGAUUAUUUGCUUUUUCCUGACAUUAAUCUGCUUGAAAUGGCUUUUCCCAAUCUUUCCUUGUUCAAAUACUGCCUAUGCUUCCAAGGCCUGGCUCAAAUACCACAUUCCUUCAAGAACUAUUCCAGUUAGAAGUAAUCUUUGCUCCCCUGUACUCCCUUACAUUGUCUUCAUACCUCUAACAUGACAAUUUAUAUAUCCUUACUGUGGAGUUUUAGUGCACAGGCACUUAAUUUAUGUGAAUUCAAGUCUAAGUAAAGCUGAACAACUAAGUUUAAAUUCCUCAGUUUUAACUAUCAGUCCUAUAUCAGUUAGAGUUCAAUAAGAGAAGCAAAACCACUCUGAGUGAUGGAGAAUAAGGGAUUUAUUAUGGGCAUUAGCCUUCACAUAAUUGUAGGAGUUGGUUAAGCAGUCUGUCUAUGUCUGGUGUAGGGCCAAAAGUCAGCAGGGUUAGCAGUCAGGCAGGAAAUAUGGCCAUGAAAUGGGGGAAAAGUAAAAACUGGAGCCAGUAAAGACAAUCUGGAACCUACAAGGACCAACUAGAACCUGUGAACACACACUUGUGUCUGCCUCUCACUAUAUCUAACCUCAGUGAUAUGAGUGACAUACAGGAUGAGCUGGUGCCUUUCGCCACAAAGCUUAUGACUAUUUUAUAUUCCCACAGCAAUGUAUGAGGGUUGCGAUUUUUUCACAUCCUUGACAACACUUGUUAUUGUCUUUUUGAUUAUAGCCAUUCCAGUGGGUGUGAGGUAGUACCUCACUGUGGUUUUGAUUUGCAUUAAUUUUUUUUUCUUUUUAAUGAUUAAUGAUAUUGAAUAUCCUUUCAUAUGCAUAUUGGUGAUUUGUAUAUCUUGUUUAGAGAAAUCUUUUGCACGUUUUUUAAAAAUUGGGUUAUAAGACUUUUAUUGCUGAGUUGUGAGUGUUUUUAUAUAGUCCAGACAGUAGGCUAAAUACACUAGAUACUAGACCAAAUACCACUAGGUACAAAUCAAAUAGGAUUUGCAAAUACUUUCUCCCGGUCUCUGAGGUAUCUUUUCAUACUCUUGAUUUACAAAAUUUUAAAUUCUGAUGAAGUACAAUUUAUCUAUUUUUCUUCAUUUGCUUGUGCUGUUGAUGUCAUAGCUAAGACAGUAAUACUAAUCCACGGUUACACAGAUCUACACCUAUGUUCUUUUCUAAGAGUUUUAUUGUUUCAGCUCUUACAUUUAGGUCUUUGAUCCAUUUGGAGUUAAUCUUGUUGAAUGCUGUGAGGUAGGAAUCCAAUUUUAUUACUUUGCCUGUGGCUUCCAUUUGUUCCAGUCAAUUCUUUUAAAUAAAUAUUUUGUAAUGUCUUGUUAGUAUCCUGAAAUGAAGUUUAUUGGUAAUAUAUGUACCCAUACGCAUUAAUUUAAACAUUAAUAUAAAGCCAUACCUUUAGUAUAGUGGAGAAAUAAAAGGUAAGUAAUGUAUAAAUUAAUAUAUAUUUCAAAAUGAAUAUGUUCAUGCAGGACUACUGGAAGAAAUAAUAAAAUCACAACAAGCUUUCACCUAUAGGAAGACUCACUGUAAAUGCAGCUGCAAACGCAGACUGAUUUAAGAGUGCUGGCUACUCAGCAACCACCAGCCUAAUUGAUGGUGAAGAUGUGGUUUUCCAAAAUGAUGAAGAAGAAUUCUUAAAUCCUGACCAAAUAAAGCAUAAUCUUCUCCAAAUUUACUUAGAUUUUGAAUUCCUGGAAAAUUAAGUGAUGUUAAAAUUAAGCAAAAAAUACUUUGCAUUUACACAAAAAUUGAAUUUUUUUUCUAGUCUCAUACGCAGGUUUUUGCCCCCUUAUAUGAAAGUCUGAUGGUAUAUUCAAAGGGGGUGCAGAGUAUGGAACAAUUCUGCAUUGUGCAGGAAUGUCCUGCACAUCCCUGGUCUCUGUCCACACUAUGUGCCAGAAGUUCCUCCCACUUGCCAUCAUUGUGACAUCCACUUGGGAAAUCUGUUUCGCAUUAUCCAUUAAAAUUGACCACAUGCAUUUGCCAUGACCCAGGAUUCCAGUUCUUAUCAUAUACACAACAGAGAGGAGCAUGUAUGUACAUCAAAAGUUUUGUAUUAGAAUGUUCAAAGCAACAUUAUUCCUAAUUGCCCCAAACUGGAAACAACUCAAAUGCCCCUCAGUAGUGGAAUGGAUAAAUAAAGGAAUAAUAUACAACAAUGAAAAUGGAGGAAUUGCUACUACACAAACCAUGGAUGAAUCUCACAAACAUAAUAUUGAGUGACCAAAGCGAGACAUAAAAGAAUACAUACUAUUUGAUUACAAAAGUUCAAAAACAGACAAAACUGCUCUAUAAUAUUUAGAGGGAUAAUGACAGUAACAGUGAGGUAAUGAGAUGUUCUUCUGUAGUACCGGUAGAGUUCUAUAUCUUUACCUAGGUGGGAUUUAUAUGGGUAGUUCAGUUUGUGUUAAUUCAUUAUCAGUAGGGGAGAGAGCAUGAGCACAAUUUCAAACAGCGAGAUGAGUGAUGUGGAUAGGGACAAACAGAUGAGUGAAGGUUCAGGGAAAGAAAGAAAAAAAACAAAACAGCAAUUUUGAAAAAGCCAACCCUCUCCUUACCAAUUCUCCAGCCCUCCAUUUCUUAGGAGGGGAGCCCAGGUAGGACCAAAACCAAGAAACAAAUUACAGUUCAAACUCAAAUCCUCAAACAGAUCUGGAGACUCAAAUGUCCACCAUUCUGGGCAAAAGUCAUUCCCAGAUUUAUCGAAGGUGAUUACAAAAGGGUUCACCCUAACCACCACGUCCCUUCGCUGCCCAGGAUAUGAGCAAAAGGAAAAAAAACAACAAAAAUUACUUCCCAACCUUUGCUUCAAGCUCCCAACCGCCAGGACAGCCCGGGGUCAGACCCAUUACCUUAGGAGGCGGUGCCGGGUCCCCACAUUUACGCCCUAGCAACAGGGCGAACCUCUGUUGCGUCAUAGCAACGCGCCCCGCACUCUCCUCGGUUGGGCCAGCUCUCUCUUCGUCCUGUUCCACUCUUGGCAUCACCUGCAGCCCACCCUCCUUCCACCUCCCCCCGGGGCCUCUGCCUGGUCCGGAGGGGUCGAAAUUACACCCUCUGACUCUGGAGCCCGGCAGCUCUUGGGGCUCCUGAGGUGGGAGCCGCCCAAGAGCCAGAGCAGCGGGGAGGGAAGGCGAGAAAGCCCAUUUCAAUUUAUUUAAGAAAGAAAAAAAGAAAUCAAGAUUUUUGUAAUUUUUAUUUCUAAGGCGUAAGCAAAGCUAACGGGGAGAGGGACCUGGAGGGUGGGGAAAUCACUUUUGCACAAAUUUCAUAUAGGGAAGGAAGAAAAGACACCCGUCGAGGACCCAAUACGGAGGCCAGGAAUCGUGGAGCCUGGCAGCAGCUGGAGCCGAUUGGGGACCGGAGAUGUUGGACAAUAUCGCUCCUGUCCUGCAGGAGCUGGGCAGGCAGGUGCUGCCCACGCUGCCCUCCCUGACCCAAGAGGAAGUCUCUAUUAUUUGGGGGGAUGUGGCAGAAUUUGUGCAACGGCAGCUAACUCUGCGCAAGGGGGUUCAGAUUCCAGGACUUGGAAUUUUCACUUUUACAAGACAGAAGCUUGAGGUGGGAAACAACAAAUUUGUUCUAAUUCAGAGGCCCGUAUUUAUCAUGGCGGAGAAGUUAGUACAGCUCCAUGGACUCAAACAAAACAAAGUACACACUCCUGGUGAUAUCCCAGUUAUUCCACUUAAUUUUGUCAUGAUAUCUUUGGAGGGUCCAUUUAACAGGGAUACAGUGGAAGGAUGUGUGAAGGAGACAUUGCUUUUUUUAUCGCGAUCCAUUUCCACCAAACAAAAUGUGGAGUUUACAUUCAAAGGAAUUGGGGUUCUUGUGAUCAGAAACAGCAAAGUGAAGAUGAAAUUUUAUAAGGACUUUCUUUGUGCCAUGGAUGGAAGUGGGACUUUGGUGAAAGCCCUAGCAAAUAGGCCUGGCACUGUGGACUCAGUGUUGUCUAGCAGAGAGGACGUUGGGAAGAGGCCCUGCAGCGUGCUUGUGUUCCCAAGGAUUGAUCUCAAGGAGACAGAAAACAAACCAUCUAUGCAGACCACUGUAGAAGAAAAUGGAGAGAAUAGAGAAAGAAAGUACAAGGUUAAAGACCAGUCAGAUAAAGAAGACAUCAGAGAGAUCUUGUCACCCAAGAGACAUAGAGAUAGACAGGCUAUCUCUCCUGCCAAAGUGACAAGUGUUAGCUUGCUGGACAAGCUUGAGCGAAAUGGGAGUGGUGGGAGAAAUGUGACCCCUGAAAGCUUAACAUCUUCAGGUUUUCUGAAAGCUGACAAUGAAAUGAAGUCCAAACCUUCUCCAGCCCCUGCUGCUUGUCAAGAUCAUAAUAAGGCAGGACAGGAAAUGUGCUAUGUAUGUCUGCAACGAGCACAAAGGAACUCCCCGGUGUACUAUAGUGAAGAGAGGAAAAGGAGAGAGAUAGAAGAUGAGCAACUCAUACAGCAGUAUCAGCUGUUGAAAGAACAGGAGGCUGUCUUCAGACAGCAGAUGAAAAGUCUGGCUACUAGAGAACAGAAUCAGAAAAAUGCUGCCUAUAAUCUUGGAGUUGCUGAAGCUAUAAGAAACCACAAGAACGAAAAACCUGAAUUUUAUAAAUCCUGUAUAUUUGAUAAGCGACCACUCAGUCCUGAGAUUAAUGCUCUUAAGCAAGAGGAAUAUUCCCAAAGUCUCCUGAAACAAAUAGAUAACAGAAGGGAAAAAGAAAUAAAGCAAAGACAAAACAGAGAAUUGAUGGACCGCCUAGAACAAGUGCAACUAACAGAGGAACUUGCUGCACAACGAGCCCAAUAUUUGAAAGAUAAGAUGGAAGAAACCCAGUGUUACAAGAGGGCUUUGGAUGCCCAGAUAAAGAACAAACCCCUCCAGCUACCUGUGUUUGAGCCAGACUCUUCCGAACCCAUCUUUGGUAAGAACAGGGGUGAGCUGGCAAUGGAAAGAUUCAGUCGAGAACAGAAUUACAUGAAGCACCAGCUGGAGGCAGCUGCUGGCCACAAGAGGAGAGCCAUUCUGAACCAACUGGUGGAUCAGAGGCGGGAUUUGCAAAUGUUGGAGAGGACACACAAAGAAUACUUGGCAGACAGAGCUGCUGAACUGGAGCGAGUGAGCAGAAUCAACAAAUGCUUACAGGAGGACUGGGAAAGGAGUGCUGCGAUGAAGAGGCAGCGGGACCUGGAGGAGAAGGCUUUUGAGAGGGCUUCUGACAAGCUGUUCCUCCUGGACCAAUGUGAGAAUUAUCUGCGCUGCAAGCAGUGCCAGAGGCGCACCUCCAACAUGGGCCAGAGCAACCUGUGGCCCCUGAACAAGCACUUGUAUGGCUCCCGGUUGCUUGUGUAAAACUCAAAGUUUGGCCCUGGGUUUCCUGGGGAGAGUUUAUGUAUUUUAGAUGUUUGAGAUGAUUGUGAAACAGCAUAUUUAUAGCUCAGAGGAAAAAAAAUAAAUGAUUAUGUAGGCUGGGGGCUUUCAAGACUAGAUUGAGUUUUCACCCCUUAUUGAAUUCAUGUAGUCAGGUUCUCCCCUCCUGCUUUCCCCCCACCCUCAUUAAUUCCCCGUAUUUGUCUCAGAUGGCAAUGAAGGUGUCUGAACGGUACUGAGGGCUAGAACCCUGCUGCCACAGGAGCUGGGAAUGGACCCAGUUUCAUUCUGGCUCCUGGAUGCUGGGGUCCCAGGCUGAGGUGCUGCUGGCCCAGGCCUGCCACUCCUUCUGUGACUUUGUAUAAGAAACUUAUCUUUUUUUCACCUAUAAUGAAUACUGUCUAAAUAAAUAUUUUCUAAGU